CGGCCGGGGCGCGGGCGCGGGCGCGGCGGGCCGCGAUGGAUUUCCAGCAGCUGGCCGACGUCGCGGAGAAAUGGUGCUCCAGCACGCCCUUCGAGCUCAUCGCCGCCGAGGAGACCGAGCGCAGGAUGGACUUCUACGCCGACCCGGGCGUCUCCUUCUACGUGCUGUGUCCCGACAACGGCUGCGGCGACAGUUUCCACGUGUGGAGCGAGAGUGAGGACUGCCUGCCUUUCUUGCAGCUGGCACAGGACUACAUUUCUUCCUGCGGCAAGAAGACACUCCAUGAAGUCUUGGAGAAGGUCUUCAAGUCCUUCAGACCUUUACUGGGCCUUCCGGAUGCAGAUGAUGAUGCGUUUGAGGAGUACAGUGCAGAUGCAGAGGAGGAGCCAGAGUCGGACCACCCCCAAAUGGGCGUCAGUCAGCAGUAAGCCCCUGAAGGCAUUUUUCCAGAAGAAGAGUGAGCCCUAUGCUACCCCAGGUGGGGUGGUAUGAUCCUGCAGUAACAUUUUGCAUUGGCUCUGCGAAGCAGGACAUCUGGCUCCUAGCAUCCAAAUGAGAAUGAAAUACCUUUUCAACGACCACACAUAUCUGUGAUGAGCUGUGCUCAGAGAUGACCUGAAUCUCAGCCCCGCUUCAGCGAGGUUUCCAGAGAUAGCUUGGUAGCCUUUGCCACUUUGAAGUUAGAGUCCAUUCUCUGGCUGCCUGCUCUCUCUUGAGUUUAUGUUGGAGAGUUAACCUCCGCUGACUGGAAUGUAGAGAGCUCUGAAUGUAUUAAGGAUGUGUUUUGAGUCCUCGCAGAUGACCUUGCUGAGGAAAAGCAUGGCAGAGAAGAAGUGGAAUCUGCACUUUUUAUGUUCCUUUUAAGUGUCCGCAAGUGAAAGGUUUUGCUUAUAAAGCAUGAGUUUUAAUAACUAGUCGUUAAACUGGCCAAGUGCAAAUGCAAGAGUGGAGGAGGGUGCGCACCGGGCUUUAGGUUCCGGGCGUGUGUGUGGUGAGAAGUCUUGCAGAGUUUCGCCACUGCUGAGUUCAUUCCCUGGGCAUGUGGAAGCCAGCUCCUGGCUAGGUGUACAUGUUUUGUGCUUGUUCAGUUGUUUCAAAACAUGCUAGUUCCAAAGCCACUUUAAAACUCGAAUAGUGGAAAAUAUAAAUGGGGUGAAAGACAUUGACUAUUGAUUUCUUUUAAGCUGUUUAUAAACCUACGUAGGAAAUGAGCCCUUUACCUUCUGUCUUUAUAAUGAGAUGACAACCUGUUAAAUCAUGAAAACACCCAGAAUCCAAGUAAGUGCCCCUUAAACUUUGAAGCCAUAGAUAAAUUUAAUAGGAAAAUAAACCAAGAUAAAAAAAUUUUUAAUAUGAUGAAAUCCUUUACUUUCUUAAUCACUUAUUCUAUUUAAAAAAAAAAAAAAACAAGAAAAGGCUCCCAUUGUGUAACUUAUUUCAAAUUAUAAUCAAGUACACUACAGGACCUAAUGGCAGUGAACUUUUAAAGUGACAUGAAAGUAGAAUUUUUAAUCAUGGGGUAGCUUGGCUAAAAGAGGAUGUUUUAAUGAUCAAGGUACUCAGACAUCUCACAGAGGCAACUCCUGCCAUCCCUCAGACAGUAAAUACCCGGCAUCCUCUCUAGUGCUGGUGUGGCGUCAUUUGAAGCACUCCCUUUCCUGGACCUUUCACAUCUCCAGGUUUAUGUCGUAACUUGAGUCCUCCAUGUAUCUGGGUUGAGAAUUGUUUUAAACAUGCACACCCACACCCAUUCACUCAUAUACAUUCUAAAUUUAAAAAAAAAAAAGAAGAAGAAGAAAAGAGCAGUGGCAGGCCUGUGUAUCUUCCAGGCAUGUCAGGGCAAGCCUGCUAGUGUCAGCAUUUUCUGUUUUAUCCAGGGCUGCGGAGAACCCAGCUGCCCGAGGCUCAGCAGUGCACCGCAGGGCCCCAGCACUGGAUAAGUCACACCGUGGUCUUCAUCCACGCUUCAGUGCCCAUGUUUUCGAAUUUCUGAAAACAUACUGAGGCUGAAUUUCAAGUCAAAGAAUUUGCUUCAGUUUGCCUCUUAACAAACCAGACUUAGUGGUCUUCCAGGUGCGAGGGUCCCACCUUUCGUGGCCCUGCUGUGUUCCCACUGUGCCUGCUCAGGAGCUGAGGAGCUGUACUUCUUGUAGAUAUGGCCCAGGCUUGGUGAACCUCCUUUUAAAUAAACACAAUAGGUUACCCAAAAGACCUGUGUGUCAAAGUGAAGCCUGAGCAGUUUGUUCCUUUCUAAGAUAAACUGGAAUUGUAUACAUAGAAGUUUCAAAUCUAAAUUUAAAGUGUUUAAUACAAAAUGUAGUUCAAAAAAAAAAAAAAGGUUUAGACUUUGACCAGAUAUACUUGGUAUUAUCCUAUUAAUGUAAAAAUUGAGUUGAAGCCUUUGCCAUUCCAGUGGGCUGGCGAGAAUUCUGGCUUUUGUUAUACCAUCAAUAGGGAGAGGAUAUCCCUGGAUGUGGCUGUUUUCCCUGGCAAACCUCAGCUGCUUUAGCCAGUUGGAGCACUUCCUCUCAACCCUCCUGUUCUCUGAUGCUGUGCACAUCCCUCCCAGUGUGUGUUCCGCACAUGCCCGUGCCCCGUCCUGUCUCCCCACACCUGUAGAUGCUCUUAUCCUGGCUGGAGCUGAACUUGGACAGCCUGUGGUUAGUUAUGGAAACAGUUCCAUGGUGAGACAAGUAUGUGACCUCUCCUAAGAACUGCCAGGAGGCAGUGGUAGUAUGGGAGAAGUAUUGCCUGGAGAGUCUCAAGUUGUCCUGACUCUGUUUUUGGCCAAUGACAUUGGCAAGACUCUGAAAUGGUGGUAUUUGUACUCCAAGCUUUCACAUCUGUCCUUCUGUGCCUGCCUGCAGAAUGUAAACAGGCCAAGGACUUGGGACAUGAGAAGGAAGUUUGAAAUUUUGCCAAAGAUUCUGGCCAUGUGGCUACCAGAUCCCAGGCAGUGGAUGAAACUGUUGCUUUGAGGGGAAAAGGGAGGCUUCAGAAGAUAAGCUUGUCUCACCUGUACCUCUGUCCUUGGGGGCAAGAGCUGCCCUUUGUGCUCAGACCCCAGGGGCUUUGAAGGUGAUGGGCAGAUGGCUUCAGUGAGGGCAAGGUUUGCAUAAAGAACAGCUGGAAGGAGAAAGGCAUAGUGAAAAUAAGAAAAAGCAGUUGUGGUUGGGGGGGUGGGGAGCAAAGGUUGGCUGUUACUGAUCACUGUGGCCAGCUGUGAAUCAUGCCUGUGACAACAUUACACAACCUUGGUCUUGGGUAUGAGUGGCCCAUGGGUGCUUUCACUUUGCUCGGUGAUCACAUGGAGCAGACUUCAGGGAACUGGAGGAAAAUGCAGAGCCAGGGAGGGAAGUGAAGCCCCACACAGUGCCUGGCACCACCAGGGGUUUGGUCACACUGACUGCCGGUCCCACAGCAGCACAUAGUACAUUUUGUUUUUCCAUGACUAGAGCACAAAACCUCUGCUACGUAGGGAGACUGUCCUUGUGCCGGAGGUAGGUUUGCAGUGUGCCUGAGUGAGAGCGAGUCUCUGGGAGUGACCACCACUGUUCAGUACAGACAGAAACUGUUCUGUAGCACAAUGCAUGCCUCUAAAUAUUGUUUCAGUUUCACGAGAGCACAGAGUGGGCCAGGAAGCUGGGAUCCACAGUGGCAUUGCCAUGAUAGUUAGGAACUAUUUUGCAUGUUAAAACUCACUGGUUGAGAAACAGUUUAAAUAAAGCUGGCUUCCCACAGUGAGAGAAAUGUGGGAAUGGACAGGAGCUAAUGUGGGUUGGGAGGAGAUGAAAAGAGUCAGAGAGUCUCAAGGUUGGUCUCAGUUGUGAAAAGAAAUAAUAUAUAUGUACAUAUAUAGUCCACAGUUACUUCCUGAGGUACAGGGGAACUGCUUUCCUAGCUGUCUCUAGAAACCUGUUUAUCUCAGAGAGUGAGUGUUGAGGUGAUGGCUUUGUGACUUUAACAGUGCCCUCCAGCCAAGGACACAGCAAGUGUCCUGCACACCUAGUGGCAUCCUUUGCUCCAUUAAACCAGCUGCCAGCCAGGGAAUCCUGUCUUCAGGAGUGCUGAUGACCCCAAAGGUGCUGCAUUUGCAGCAGGCAGAACAUGAGUCAAAUUUGGUUCUCGCCGCAGUUGGCCCCCAGCCCUCUUCCACUGCAUGCUUUGGGGUGAUAGGAAGAGCACAGUGAGACUCCCAUGCAGGCUCUCUUGGUGUGUGAGCCUUGAGGGAGACACCAUUGCCAGUUGCUAAAUCUUUGGAGAAGCCUAAAAUGUUUUUGGAUCAAAAAUAAUUUCACAAGCCGGGCGUGGUGGCACACCCCUUUAAUCCCAGCACUCAGGAGGCAGAGGUAGGAGGAUCGCUGUGAGUUCGAGGCCACCCUGAGACUCCAUAGUGAAUUCCAGGUCAGCCUGGGCUCGAAUGGGACCCUACCUCUAAAAGAAAAAAUAAUUUCACAAUAACCCAGUUAGUCACCCUGCUUUAAUCUUAAUGAGUAUGACACACGAAGGCAUCUUACAGAGUAAGUGUAAAUGUGCCAGAACGCUGGAGCUGCACUCCAUGGCAGUCCCGUGCUAGGAACCCCACAUGGCGCUGUGCGGUCGAGGACGUGGCAGAGUUACCAUUCAGCUUCCUGAGGACUCUGUUCAAGUUGCUCAGUAUUAGGGAGAAAGCUGGCAGUCUGCGUUUUGUAAACUAUCCCUGUUUUGUUUUUUCUUGAGAUUUUGUUAUCAGCCACUUUCUGAAAUGGCACAAAGCUGUGCAGCAGGGCUCUGUACACGUCAUUUCCUUCGAGGAAGUCAGUGUGCAGUACUGCAGCAACCCAAAGUGAUCUGCUCUCAGUACCAACGUGGGUGUGAGCGAGACUCACGCCUCUGUACAAGAAGCAGAGCACUGAACUGUUGUCCUUUGUGAUUUUCGGCAAGAAAUGUUUCCUGUAGGGUAUGUGUACUUUCUCUGCCUUCCUGUUUCCUUUCAGAGAAGUCUCUUGUACAUGACAGACUGUGAAAUGGGUUGCCAAACACUACUGCCCUCCCUAGAUGCCUCCCACACCACAGCGUCUGUCCCCACCUGCUCCCCCUCCCCAGAGCCAGGACCACACCCACGGAUGUGACUACCAUUCGCUUGCUAUUAAAGAGCCUGCCAAGC